AUGCGUCCGCGCCUGUGCCUGGCCGCGCACAUCAUGGCGGGCGCGCUGGUGGCGGCGGGUAGAGCGCUGCUGUGCGCGAGCGCGGCGCGGCCGGCGCAGGCGGGAGUCCGGAGGCCGCUGAUGGAGAGGAGCGUCCCGGGGCUGGAGCGCGACUUCAGCUUGUGUCAGCAGAGGAGCACGGUCGUGGUGGAGCGCUGGUGGAAGGUGCCGCUGGCCGGCGAGGGCCGCAAGCCGCGCCUGCACCGGCGACACCGUGUCUACAAGCUGGUGGAGGACACGAAGCACCGGCCCAAGGACAAGCUGCAGCUCAUCCUCACGCAGUCUGUGGAGGAGCUUGGAGUCCGGGGUGACGUGAUCUCGGUGAAGAAAUCUGUGGGCCGCAAUCGGCUUCUUCCCCAGGGGCUGGCUGUGUAUGCAUCCCCUGAAAACAAGAAGCUGUUUGAGGCUGAGAAAUUGCUGAGACAAGAAGGAAAACUAGAGAGGAUCCAGACAAAAGCCGGAGAGGUGACAGUGAAGUUUCUAAGAAGCUGUCACCUGGAAGUGGGGAUGAAGAACAAUGUCAAAUGGGAGCUAAACCCCGAAAUAGUUGCCCGACAUUUCUUCAAGAAUCUUGGAGUUGUGGUUGCCCCACAUGCAUUGAAGUUACCAGAAGAACCCAUCACACGGUGGGGUGAAUACUGGUGUGACGUGACAGUCAAUGGGCUCGACACCGUGAGAGUUCCUAUGUCUGUAGUGCUCUUCGAGAAGCCAAAGACCAAAAGAUACAAGUACUGGCUAGCCCAGCAAGCCGCCAAGAGCAUGGCCCCCACUGACUCCCAGACCAGCUGAACCUGCCAAGCAGAGACAGAAGAUGGGAGCAAAAAUGGCCCGGCCCCUCUGAUGUCCACCUCAACUCUGACCACUGUCGGUCUUCCAGGACAUAGGGACACGUCUGACUGAAGUGCUUAUGCUUGUUGAGGUCCCACGUCUGCCAUCUCCCUGUGGAUGAAGCACUCGCCAUGCUGAGGAGUCCUGACUUUGCUCCCAGAACCCACAUGGAAAGCCAGAGGCAGGCUGGGCCUCUCAUCCCGCCCACCGACGGCCAGCGGGUGGCAGUGAGCUGACAGGCAGAGGAGUGUUGUGGAAGCUCGUGCUGACUGCAGCAAGGGAGGCGACAGGUGAGGACUGACACAGAAGGCGUCUUCUGGUUUGCAUAUGCGCACUGUGGUGCAUGUACACACACAAAUAAUAAAAAAUCCGUUAAAAAGAAGGACCAGGUGUAGAUGUGACCAGCUGAGCUCAGGGCACUGCAGCGGUCCCGUCUUAGCCAUCUCUUCCAUCGGAGCGCACUGGGACAAGUGGAAAGAGCUGGCCCUUGACUUGUUCUUUUCAUGCAGACUGAGCUUCUGUAUCCUACAGAAAUCGAGCGCUGUGGGACAGGAGGUUGCUGAGGGUGAGAGGCACUUGCUUGCAGAGCCUGUUAGCCCAGGUAUAAACCAGAUGCAAAACAUGG